CUUCAAACAAUAAAAAAAUUACAUUUUGAGCUAAAGGAGUGAAUAGGAAGGAAGAGAGAAAUAUAUGUAUUCCAUGAAAGGAACGAAGCGAAACAACAGCAGCGGCCACCGCCACGACGGCCGCCUACAUGUGGUGAAGUUUCCAUGGCUAGGCUUUGGCUAUGUCUCACUUUUCUUAGAAUUGGGCAAGCAGUUGAGCUUGAGAAAUUUUGAGAUUUACAUAUGUUCAACCCCUACAACCCAUGAGUUGGUGAAGAAGAAGCUAGCUGGCGCCGCUGGGGACGCCGCCUCCGUGAGCUUUCUCAAGCUCACGCUCUCGUCGUCUCCCAAGCUUCCGCCGCAAAACCACACCACCAACGGCCUCCCUCCGCACCUCAUGCCCCAUCUCAAGGAGGCGUUCGAAGCCUCGCGUCCCGCCUUUGCGCAGCACCUCCGCGAUUUCAAACCCGACCUCCUAAUCUACGAUUUCCUCCUGCCAUGGGCCCCACAGGAGGCGGCAGAGCUUGGUAUCCCCGCGAAUGAGUUCCUCACCAUGAGCUCCACCGUCACUUGCUUCAUGUUCCAACAGUUCAAUCAGCCGGGCGCCGAGUUCCCUUUCCCCGCCAUCCGAUACCGAGACUAUGAGCUCGCUAAGAUAGCCAAGGAGAACGCGUUGACCCCUCCGGAGAGACGCAAGAAAGACGAGAGCAGCGUGCACGAUUGCUUUGCGUGCUCUUGUUGUCUCGUCUUGAUCAAGACCUUUGAUGAGAUCGAGGUCAGCAUAGUAAUUUCACCACCACUUUGACCGUUAAGGGAAUUGCCCCGGUCGGGGCGUUGGUUCAAGAACCUAGUAAAGAAGAUGAGGAAUCCGAGGGGCGUUCGAAAUAUGUACCUUUUUUAUCACACAUUAUUUUAAUAACAUAAAUAACUGUCAUUUUU